UAAAUUUCAAUUAAUUGUUAUUCAGUAUUUUUGAAAAAAAUAAAUAAAUGAUAAAAUAGCAAAAAUAUUUUAACAAUAUAGAAGAAUUUUUAAAUUCUUCACUAUAAUCUCAUUUGGUACUCCAUAUUUCUCUGUGUUACAAUCGUAUUGGUGCAAUUGCUACAUCAGGCUUAGGUACUGCUUUAGCAAAUUGUAAUAAUCUCUUAGAUUUGACGCUUGAUCUUAGAGGAACUUAGAUUGGUGCAAUUGGUGUAUCAGGCUUAGGUUCUGCUUUAGCAAGUUGUAUUAAUCUCUUAAAUUUGACACUAGAUCUUAGUGGAAAUUUAAUAGAUACAAUUGCUGUACUAGGCUUGGGUUCUGGAUUAGCAAAAUGCACUAACCUCUCAAAUUUGACACUUACUCUUUAUUCUAAUUAAAUUGGUGAUGAUGGUGCUUCAGGCUUAGGUUCAUCUUUAGCAAUGUGCACUAACCUCUCAAAUUUAACACUUGAUCUUGGUCGCAAUAAUAUUAGUGAUUAAGGUACAUCAGGCUUAGGUUCUGCACUAGCAAAAUGCACUAAUCUCUCAAAUUUAACACUAUAAAUUCGCGAAAAUUAAAUUGGUGCAAUUGGUGGAUCAGAUUUAGGUUAUGGUUUAGCAAAGUGCACUAAUCUUUCAAAUUUGACGCUUCAACUUCGUUGCAAUUAAAUUGGUGCAAUUGGAGCAUCAGUCUUAGGUUCUGCUUUAGCAAAUUGCAUUAAACUCUCAAAUUUGACACUUCAACUUCAAGAAAAUGAAAUUGGUGCUGUCGGUGCAUCAGGCUUAUGCUCUGCAUUAGCAAAAUGCACUAAUCUCUCAAAUUUUACACUUGAUCUUUUUUACAAUGAAAUUGGUGAUGAAGGUGCAACAGGUUUAGGUUCUGCAUUAGCAAAAUGCACUAAUCUCUCAAAUUUGAUACUUUGUUUAAAUGAAAAUUAAAUUGGCGCAAUUGGUGCAUCAGGUUUAGGUUAAGGUUUAGCAAAGUGCACUAAUCUCUCAAAUUUGAAGCUUCUACUUAGAGAAAAUUAAAUUGAUGCAAUUGGUGCGUAAGGCUUAGGCUCUGAAUUAGCAAAAUGCAUUAAUCUCUCAAAUUUGACACUUCAACUUUGCGAAAAUUAAAUUGGUGCAAUUGGUGCAUAAGACUUAGGUUAUGAAUUAUCAAAGUGCAUUAAUCUCUAAAAUUUAAUACUUGAACUUAGCGAAAAUUAAAUUGGUGCAAUUGGUGCAUCAAACUUGGGUUCUUAAUUAGCAAAGUGCACUAAUCUCUUUAAUUUGACACUUGAUCUUAGUCAAAAUUAAAUUAAUGAUGAAGGUGUAUAGGGUUUAGCUUCUGAAUUAGUAAACUGUACUAAUAUCUCAAAUUUGACACUUGAUCUUAACGAAAAUUAAAUUGGUGCAAUUGGUGUAUCAGAUUUAGGUUCUGAAUUAGCAAAGUUCGCUAAUCUCUCAAAUUUAAUAAUUAAACUCAGUUAAAAUGAAAUUGAUGAUGGAGGUGCAUUAAGCUUAGGCUCUGCUUUAUCAAAGUGUACUAAUCUCUCAAAUUUAACACUUUAUCUUGGUUAAAAUAAAAUCAAUGAAUCAUCAUAAUUGAAAGUAAUAAGCAAGUUUCUUAAAUCAAAAAGAUUAGUUGCCAUUCAAAUAAAUUUUUAUUUUUGAUAAAAAACUGGCUAAAUAGGAGAAAUAAAUUAAAAAUAUUUGAAAAUAUCAAAUGUUUUAUUUAAUAAUAUUUUGUAAUAGGUAGGAUCUUUUAACCUAAAGUAUAAAUUUAUUAAAAUUUUUAUAUUUAUAAAUAUCAUUUCUUU